CAGUUGGCAUUCGGUAUUGUUUCAUGAGUUACUGUUUUUUCUUUAGUUUCAAUUGUUUUAGUAUCGCGUUUAUUUAAAAUUUGUUUUCCAAAAUUUGUAGUUUUUUCGUUUAGAAUAAAAUAUAAUUUACAAGAGUUUGUUGUACGCACGCUCAAAAAAUUAAUUCCGAAUUGUAAAUGCGUAUUAAAGUUUAGUCCCAUUUAAAUUGUUGUUGUAAUUUAAAUUUAAGUAAAGUAAAAAUACAGGAUAUUGCCGCUUUUGCUUGCAAAAUUUUAGUUGUUACCUUGAAAAUGAGCAUUCAAGAUGAAAGCUUUCCGUACGAUGAACUCUUUGAUUUAGACUCAUCGCCAACUCCGGUGAACAGGUUUCAAUUUCCUCACCGCUUGCGUGAAGGGCAAAAACACCAAUUGUUUAGCGAAGAAAGCGACAAAAAUAUGGUCAAGCCAACUCAUAAUCUCAGCACAUCCAAUUCAUCCGUCACCGACCAAACCAUAUCAUCGGCCGAAUGUACUACAGAACAACCCACUGAGCGUGCCGCGAUAACCAAUGAUUCCAUAAUUAAGAGCGAUCGAACUGGUAUGCCCAUCGGUAGUGAUGCGCCCAAACAGCCACUAGAGCGUAAUCGCAAGUCACACUCCUAUCACGAUAUCCAUUCGGAAUAUACGAAGCGUCGCUACAAGCAUGUCGAAAGCAAAGUCGGACAAUAUAUCGCAAAUAUACGCAACGAAGAUGAACGUCGACGUAGGCUAGCGAAAAUCCAAAGACAUCGUUCACUGCCUGAGGCACUGGUGCGAGAUCCGAUAACACGGGAAAGGAUGCAGUUGCAGCGUAGCGUUACCGUUGUCGCGGAGAGGCUGAAUCAAGCGCUUGAGAAAGUAAUUGACGGUGUCGAUGGGGAGCCAGAUGACGGCGCAGACUUUUCGAACAGCAACAUGACAGCGACAACAUCAGCAACAACUUCCACACAGAGUGGUAGCGGUACUACCGACGACGGCGACGAUGAUUUCGGCCGAGAAGCAGACAAGAGUAAUGAGGGUGGUGUGUUGAGGGAAAACUGCAAAGACGGCCUAAUUGAUAAAAAUAUGUAUGCAUUAUUGCUGGAUGAGCGCGAUCGCCUUAAAUCGUAUAAUGACUACCAGCAAUCAAAGCUGGAUGAAAAGCAGUGCGAAAUUACGCGCCUUCGACAAAAUGUGGAUUUCUUGCGGGUGCGGUUGAGUACCGCCGAGGAUCAAAUCCAGAAAAGUCAGAAUUGUCGUUCUUUUGGCUAUGGUCAGAUGGGUGCAAACAGCCAACCGUCUUGGGGCGUAGGGAGGCAGUCGGUGCAGGGUUUGCUCUACUGCACCGCAAAGAGCACAAAGGCGACACAAACUGUAGGUGAUAUAUGCUACUCACCGUCACCGCCACCGCCAGCACCGCCAACACCCUCACCGCCGCACCUUGGCAUACCAAAUGGCGAACUGCAAAUAUACGUGACAGCUGAUACGCCAGAUGGCAACAAUAAUCUAUGCAGUGAGAGCACAAUAGAGAAAUGUGGUCGAAAUAUUAAAAGCGUGGCAGCGAUACAACCAAUGGCUUUGAAUUUCAGCAAUUAUCCGGAUGGAGAGAGCGGUGAAAGGCGAACGACGAGGGAUAAUGUCGCACUGCGCAGGCGUAGUAAUUCCCUUAAAGCCCGACAGAAGUGCGUGGAAACUACCAACGCAAAAGACAGUGAUAAAUCCCAAUAUGACUCGCGCGCAAGCCAUCCCAGCAGCUCUGAUUCGGCUAUUGAUGUUGAAGUGAUCGAAUUGUCAUCGCCACCGAAACCGGCACGUCGUAAACGCAACAAAAUCGACAUGAAAGAGAAGAGAAUUCAUGCACCAAAAGUUUGGAGUCUCAUGUAUAGCCGAGGUCCCCAGAGGACUCCCUCCCCGACGGGUUUGUACAUUGAACGCUGUUCGAACAGCAUUGCUAUGGAUGUCUCUGCAACGACUGAGGUGCAAGGCGGGCGUAAAUUCGCGCCAAAGAAGACCAGUGUUGGCGGCAGGUCUAUUUCACGACGCUGGUUGAAUUUAUUUGGCAGUUGUGUACGUUGCAGGAAUCCCAAGUAUACCGAACGUGAGCAGGUGGCUCCUCAACACAAUUACACACAAGUACCGUUGCUAGAUAGUACUUUUGAGAAAAGCUACACCCCGCUACAAUCUAACUAGAUCGGCACUUCGAGUGCAAUAAAAUCUGUUUUAUAUUUAUUUAUUUAUUUUUAGUUAACUUGCAUAAGAUCUUCACCGCGUAUCUUGGGUAUUAUAAAUUAUCAUUUUAUGUAUUUAGUUAUUUAAUGUUUAAGUUUACUUUAUUUUUUACAUCAAUGUUUUAAAUAUUGCUCCUCAAAAAUGUGUCUAAUAAAAUUAAAAAU